AAAGUGUUGGGAUUACAGGUGUGAGCCACCGCACCCGGCCGCUUCCAUGCUCUUAAUCCUCACAUACCUAUCUCCUGAGACCAACGGGCUCAAUGCUGGGAUCUGUGUUUAUUCACCUCCGACUGUCAGUUCUGUGCAUGUGCUGUUUCCUUGUCCUCCUUCUCUGCAUAGCUUUUUUAUUCCCUUUGAUACUCCAAGAUUACAAUCUUUGCUAGGGCCGGGACUAUAUCUUUUGCGUUCUCUUGUUCUCACAACUAGGAUAGGACAUUUUAUGUUGUGGAACUGACAAGUUUCUGAAAUUUCCAUCCAUGGACGUGAUCCACCAUAAACCACAGAAGUUAAGUACUGGAAUGUUUACUAUUGGGCAAUUUGCUCAAUAUCUCUAAGCCUCAGUUUCUUAUCUUAAGAGCAGGGAUGAUAAUAGCACAUGGAAUCAUUGUGAAGUUAAUUGAGAAAAUGCAUGUAAAGAAUUUAAUGCAGUGCUUGACACAUAGAGACAUCACUCCAUUGUUGAUAUACUAACUUCCUCAAGAAUUUAACAGAAUGAACCAGGAUAACAAGAGUGAGACCAUGCUGUGGCCUGGAGAGAGGGCAUGGAACUGUAGCUGUACUGGGAGGGGCUGUGAAGAAGGAGCUGAGCAGAGAAAUGUGGCUGUAGCCAGGAGAAGCCAGGGGGAGGCAUCCUGGGAAGAGAAACCCCAACCGCUUUCCCUGUUGUUGCUUCCCCAUGACCAAAUCCAGAGGACACUGGCCAACAAGGCAGCCCCAGAUGAUGGCAUUCACAGGAGACAGGCUCCUGUGGCUUAGAUAAGGACUGGCACAUCUUCUCGAGGGGCUGUGCACACACCUUAUUGUUGCCCACGAAUUCCCUGUUUUCCACCAGAGUCCUUGGCCUGACCAGUCCUUCCUUCUGUAUAGGAUCGCAGGAUCCUGGGACUGGAAAGGACCCUGUGAUCACUCUCUUCACUCAGUCCCUUCAUACAGAGGAAAGAUCGAGGUUGUCUCCAGUGUGGUCUUGGUGGCGGUCAAAUGGCGUUCUUUUUAUUGGUGUUGCCAGAGUCUGCUGGGGAGCAGAGCACACAGAGCGUGCUCAGAACGUGGUGGUGGAAGGGACCCACUGUUUCUCAUGAUUUUUAGCCUUUACAGCGGCACCACAUUUUUACAGUGAGCCACGUGUUGUCUUUCUCAUUCAUGGGACUGUUGCUUGCAAGUGUCUUCCUCUUAGUGUCUGUGUUUUUGGAGCGACCCUGCCCUCGAGAACAGGGGACCUGUGCUGUGCUCCUCUUGAUCCCCUUGGACAUUUACUAUCAGGGCCGAGCACACGGGGCCAGCACAUACUUUCUGAAUUAAAUUUCACAAGGGUUACCUGGAAAGCUGUAACUUUUUCCGAGUCCUAAAACCGAGGAGCACUGUUGGUUCCUCCCUUUUCCUUUCUAAGGUCAUUGUGGCAGACGUCUGUUCCUGCACUUGCGGCUCCACGAGAGGAGAAAAUCCCCCUUCCUCCUAGCAGGGCCAUUGCCACGCUGAUGGGCAUUACAGGGAAUCCUAAAGAUGGAGGGUCUGUGUGCAUUCCCUCUUUGGAGGGUAGAGACCAGGCAUUGCAUGCAAAAGCCCAUCAGGUACGAAGUAACCCUGGUCCAACCCUUGCUGGCAUGAAACCACUGUGUAGACUCUUGUCACGUCAGCCAGCUGAGGCUUACGAUGUUUUCAACUGAAAAAUCUUCACUGCUUCCCUGUUGUAUGCAGGAAACAGUUGCCUGGGUGUUUGUCAGUCCUGCCGUGUUCUGUGUGUCCCAGGCUCCCUGAUGACUGCCCUGCCCAGGGCUUAUUUCCUGGGAACACCUAGCAGCACUGCUCCCAGCUGUGGUUGCAAAGACAAAAGGAACAAAAGUCAUUGAUUCAUUAACUUGCCACCAGGGAACCCACCUGCCUGGCUUUUCUUGCAGCAGGAAUCAGAGGUGCUAGAGAGGACAAUGGGUUUUCUAGAGUCAAAAGGGAAUACUUGACAAGCUUCUCUUAAGGUGUCAGUUUUAGAGGCAGGAAGACUUAAUUGGUCUUAGGGUACGUUGAGCAGACCAUGGUUUGGCUGCAAGGGAGCAGGUGAGCCCUUUGGGGACAUUCGAAAGAGGAAGGAUUAUUUACUAUUAGGGGAGGGGAGCAGGAAACUUUCUCUGGUUGGAUGUUUCCUGGAGCAAGUCAGGGUCAGGGUGUUGCCUUUUGGGUCCACCUGUCAUCAUGUCCUUGCCUCACUGAGUCAUUUCUCACUUUUAUGUCUGAUACGGAAGAGGGGAAGAGAAGUGCUGGGAAGGGAAGAGUGCGGUCCCUUUAAAUAAUACUGAAGGGGGAAGGGCAUGGUCCCUGGUUAGGGCUCCAUCCCCAGGCCUGUGCCUACGGACCUAGGUGAGGACAGGCAUUUUUGUUUUCCUGCCCAAAUGUUGCGUUUCCCAAGACCACCCUGGCCUGCCACAUCCCCACGCUGUGCCUGUAAAAUCCCCAGGACCCUAGCAGGCAGACACAUAGGUAGCUGGAUGUGGAGAGGAACACGUCAGCGGAGGAACACAUGGGUGGCUGGACGUCAAGAGGGGCGCACAGACAGGCACCGACAGGCACCAGAGGGGCGCACAGACAGGCACCGACAGGCACCAGCAGGCUGCAGGCCACCGAUCGGCAGAAGGAUGUGGAGUUGGGCGAGGGCAGUCAGGGGAGUGUCCAGGCCGUUCAGCGGCCUAACUCCAGGGGAAAUCCAUCUCCCUCCUGGCUCCCCCAUCUGCUGAGAGCUUCUUCCAUUCAAUAAAACCUUGCACUCAUUCUCCAAGCCCACAUGUGAUCCGAUUCUUCGGACACACCAAGGCAAGAACCCAGAGAUACAGAAAGCCCUUUGUCCUUGCGAUAAGGCAGGGGUCUGAUUGAGCUAACAGAAGCCUCCUACGGACGGCUGAACUAAAAGAACACCCUGGAACACAUGCCCACUGGGGCCGCAGCAGUAAACAUUCACCCCUAGACACAGCCUGCCCGUCUGCGUGCUCCCCUAGAGGUUUGAGCAGCGGGACACGGAAGAAGCAAGCCACUCCCGCAUCACACUCCCUGAGAGAGGGACAAGGGAAUUUCUCCCGUUUCAUGUUGACACAGAGAUGGGGUGUGUGACUAACAGAGGGAUUUUGUUGGCGAGAAGUGAGCGAUGGGUGGAUUGUGUGCUGACCGAAGCCAGUUUCCCGUGUACAGUUCUUCAGUCUUAGUAGUAGAUAACAAAACUGCUGAGACAUUGGGCUGGGUGGACCCCUUUCCCACAGCCUCACUCCCACAUUACCACGAAAGGAAGGUCCACGUAAAUUUCUGCCGUGUAGACGGAAGCCACCCAUUAAACUAACAAAACAGGUCAUACUCCAUGGAGUUUGUAGGUGAGGUGCUACCUCUCUUCCUUUAGGUCGCCGGACUUUGACUAGCAUGAAAGUUUCAUCUGGAAAAGAGGCCAUUGAAACCAUGCAUUUGUGUUCAAGUAAGAAAGUAUAUCCAAGUCACAAAGAAGCAUCAUUUGGCUUUUGGAGACAUGGGCAGCUUCAUUUCUCAUUUGUUCAAUCAGAGCUCUCCGCUAGGCUUCUAAGUGCCACAUCCUGUCCAGAAUGAUGAAAGAUACAGAAAAUGGUGCCUGCUGACCUUCUGGAGUUUUUGACUAAUGAGAAAGUGAUUCCUGACAGAAUCAUCAUUUUUGGUAAACAAACCAAGCCCAGAACCUGAUAAUUGUGAAGCACUCUACACUGACAGUUCUUUGAAACAAAUUUCCUCCUGGCAUUUACACUGUGGCUUUAGCUUUCAAACCGGAGGGUCCUCUUACCCAGCAAAAAAUGGCUUGCCUGAAGAUGAGAUUGAUGUAUAUUUGCCUUCUGGUUCUGGGGGCUCUUUGUUGGUACUUUAGCAUGUACAAUCUGAAUCCUUUCAAAGAACAGUCCUUUCCUUACAAGAAAGAGGACGGGCACUUCCUUAAGCUCCCAGAUACAAACUGCAGUCAGACACCCCCCUUCCUUGUCCUGCUAGUGACCUCAUCCCACAAACAGUUGGCUGAGCGCAUGGCCAUCCGGCAGACGUGGGGGAAAGAGAGAAUGGUGAAGGGAAAGCAGCUGAAGACGUUCUUCCUUCUGGGGACCACCAGCAGUGCGGCAGAAACAAAAGAGGUGGACCAGGAGAGCCAGCGACACAAGGACAUUAUCCAGAAGGAUUUCCUAGACGUCUAUUACAAUUUGACCCUGAAGACCAUGAUGGGCAUGGAAUGGGUCCAUCGCUUUUGUCCUCAGGCAGCAUUUGUGAUGAAAACAGACUCAGACAUGUUCAUCAAUGUUGACUAUCUGACCAAACUGCUUCUGAAGAAAAACAGAACAACCAGGUUUUUCACUGGCUUCUUGAAACUCAAUGAGUUUCCCAUCAGGCAACCAUUCAAUAAGUGGUUUGUCAGCAAAUCUGAAUAUCCGUGGGACAGGUACCCACCAUUCUGCUCUGGCACUGCCUAUGUGUUUUCCGGCGACGUGGCGAGUCAGGUGUACAAUGUCUCCCACAGCGUCCCAUACAUUAAACUGGAAGACGUGUUUGUAGGGCUCUGCCUCGAACGGCUGAACAUCAGAUUGGAGGAGCUCCACUCCCAGCAGACCUUUUUCCCAGAGGGCUUACACUUCUCUGUGUGCCGCUUCAGGAGGAUCGUGGCCUGCCACUUCGUCAAGCCCCAGGCUCUCCUGGACUACUGGCAGGCUCUAGAGAAUUCCCAGGAGAAAGAUUGUCCGCCUGUCUGAGAGGAGCCCAGAGGCACAUCCGGACAAGUUUCAGAUAACCUGUGGGGAUAGUGUUUACAAGACUUUGGAAGAGGGGGUGGGACAGAGGAUGUCGUUCUUUAGUGCUGAAAUCCACGCCAGAAUGUCGGUGUCCGUGAAGCCACUGAUCAGUUCCCACUUAGUGCUCCAGGCAAUAAUAGGCACCCUGUCUCUUGGGCACGCACAGUCUCUAUACUAAGUGUUUGACAUACACCUGGAUUUUCACAUUUCAGGGGUUAGUAUCCUAUGACACGAUGGGCGUUACCAUCCCAAUUUUACAGGUAAGGAAACAGCAGCUGCGAGAGGUACAGGAACUUGUCCCAAGGCUCACAGCCAGUAGACGUAGGAGCAGGAAUGAAAAUCGAGCACUUUCAGAAUCUGGUGGGCAGCCCCUGACUUGAAUCACUCCCGUGUGCUGCCUCCCUUAGGAGGGGACAGUGAUGAUGAGGUCUCCGAGCCGGCAUCCUUCCGUCCCUAUCCAGAGUCCCCUCCACCUCAGCUCCCAAUCCUUGUGCUUUUUAGAGCUAAUCCUGGGAUGACCAAAUUCACCGCAGCUCCUUCAUUCACGGGGCUGGACGUAGCUGGAACCGAGUCCAUGGUACUGGCUCGGUACUCAACACAACCCAAGUUUCAUCCCAGGAAAUGUCCUCGCAGUGGAUGCAGCUCACAUGCUGAGGAACGCCCAGCUCUAGACAGAGAUCUUAUAAAUGUAUAAAUUAGGCUCAGAAACCACUGCGGUCUGACCUGCUGUACAGGCUGCCCACACUGCUGACCUCGCUGGUGAGCAGCAUGUCACUUCUGAGCCAUCUGCUGCUCUCUCGUUUCUUCACCCAACUGUCCCUUGUUUUCGAUCAAUGGGGACCAGCCACUGCCCCAGGAGCACUUUAGGGCUCUUAGUUCAAACCAAAGGACAGUUGAACUCGGAUGUGUUUCAUGCGGGAUUCUGGGAGCUUUCUGGGAAUUCAGCUGGAGUCAAGUCAAGAUGCUCUCAAGGACCUUUCGGACACAGAGCCCCAAAGUGGACCCUGGUGAGGCAGGGGUGGUCCUGCGUCCACUUCCCAAGCCUGAGCCAAGCUCAUCUUCACUGAAUUUCUCAUUUGGCCGAGUAACAACUGAACUUCGUGGUUUGGUGUUUAGCCUUCAGUUUAUUCCGCUACCUCCCACCCAGAGGUUUGUGCGAGCCUGUUUUGCAGGGUUGUGUGAAACCAGGGCACUUCUUUGUAAGAGGUUUUGCCCAUUCAGCCACGGUCAUGUGACAUGCAAAGUAAUCUUGCUCCUAAUUAUAGAAAUGAUUUUUUUUUUUUUUUUACUUUACCACACUUUACUUUGUACUCAGAGAAGAGGCCUCACAUGGCUGUGUCACAUAUAAAUGUUGGACUCAACUC